UCAGCCAUUUCUCAUCUCUCUUAAGUAUCCUCCGAAUGUUCUUGCGCCAGAAGAUUGCCAGCUCUCUCUCUCUCUCUCUCCCUCUCUCCCUCUCUCUGUCUGUCUCUCUCGCUGUGCGAAACAAAAAAAUUGCAUUUUUAUAUUCAAGGGAGGAGAGAGUGGAAUAACCAAGAAAGAUAAAAGGAAGGAACAUCGUCACAGAGGGGGGAGAGAGAGAGAGAAAAUGAGCUCUUCCUCUGUUUUCAUUACUGUGUGUCAUCUUGUUUAGAUCUUAGUUUCUUGCCCAAUUUGUCAUCUGGGUCCACCCACAAUGGAAUCUUCUAUUGUCUUGUUGUUGUGGAUGAAGAUCUGAGGCUCCAACACUGAAUUCAAGGUCCAUCCAUCCACUUCCCACCCCCAACUGGAGCAACCAAUCUGAUUCUGUCUGAAAACUUUUAGAAUUUCUCAGAAAAGAUGGAGUCAGAUCUUGGGAAGCUCUUCAUUGGUGGGAUUUCGUGGGACACGGAUGAAGAACGCCUUAAAGAAUACUUUGGGAGCUAUGGCGAGGUGGUGGAGGCUAUGAUCAUGAGAGAUCGUGCAACAGGCCGAGCUCGUGGAUUCGGUUUCGUGGUCUUUGCGGAUCCCGCUGUUGCUGAAAGGGUGACCAGGGAUAAGCACUUGAUUGACGGUCGCUCGGUUGAAGCAAAGAAAGCUGUUCCUAGGGAGGAUCAGCAACUUCUUAAUAGGAGUUCAGCCAGCAUUAAUGUAUCUCCGAGUCCUGGACGUACCAAAAAAGUCUUUGUAGGUGGUUUACCAUCUACAAUCACGGAGUGUGACUUCAAGAAGUACUUUGAACAGUUCGGUAAUAUUAUUGAUGUUGUAGUCAUGUAUGACCACAAUACCCAAAGACCCAGAGGUUUUGGUUUCAUCACUUAUGAUUCGGAGGAUGCAGUGGAACGGGUUCUGUACCGCACCUUCCACGAUUUAAAUGGGAAAAUGGUCGAGGUCAAGAGGGCGGUUCCCAAAGAGCUCUCUCCGGGGCCUGCCCGGAGCCCUUUGAUGGGAUAUAAUUAUGGCGUGAACAGGGUCAAUGACCUACUUAAUGGAUAUGCUCAAGGGUAUUCUUUGAAUAGGUUCAAUCCUAUUGUCACAGCUCGAGGAGGGUUUCCACCAUUUGGUAGUUCAGCUCGUGGAAUCAGCAUGAGUCUGGACCCUGUCGUAAACCCAAGUUUAGGCGGUGGUUCCAACCUUGGCAAUGGCUCAGGAUAUGGGCAGACGUUUAGGCCAUACUACAUUGGCAAUGUAAGCAGGUUUGAUAAUCCCAUUGGCAAUAAUACAGAUGGUCAAAUAAGUGGUUCAGUUUUAAGUCCCAGAAGUCGCGCUGUAUGGGGAAAUAGUGGCUUAACUAGUGCCUUUAACCCAAUAAAUUUGGGUACUCCCUUAGGCCGUGGAAGCGGAAGCUAUGGAGUCUCAUUUGGGCAGCCAGGAGCCGACUGGGACCCCUCUUGUUUCUCAGCUCAAGGCCGGAAUUUCAGUCAUGGGAAUGGAAAUGAAAGUUAUGGGUUGGAAGGAGAUGGAAACAUAAGAAACAACAGCAACAGUAGGGCCUCGGCGUCAUCAUUCGCUGCCUCGACUGGCAGUUUCGAGGAGAGCUAUAGGGACAUGUAUUAUAGCAGCUCAACUUGGAGAUCUGCCAAUCCUGAGCUAGAUGGUUCUGAGUCCUUUGGUUUUGGUAUUACCAAUCUGGCUUCAGAUAUUACAGCUAAAAGUUCGGAAGGGUAUGGAAGUUAUGGCAACACGAGUAGACAGCCUAAUAGAGGAAUUGCUGCUUAGGAGACUCUUUUUUUGCAAAUUCACAGGGUAGUCUUAGGCGAAGAUAAGGCCAAAGGUUGCAUUUCAUCCUCCAGGAUGUUCAUAUCUCAGCUUACAAGGAUGUCGAACUUAUAGUCGAGUGGAGUACAAUUUCAAGCUUACAUGUCCAGAGAGAGUAUUAUAAGGGAUUUUUUUGAAGGUCUAAUAACUGAUUUUUGCCCCUACAUUAGGCCUCAAAUCCCUUCUUCAGCAACUCAUUGAGAGGUAAAUCAAAUUGCAGAACUUAUACUCAAGAAGAUUGGUUCGGAUUAGAAAUCAGUGCGUCUCUUGGGAGACAAACCAGUUAUAGAGGAUAAAAAUACCAAGUUGGAUCUUUCUUUCACUUUUUUUUUUUUUUUUUUUUGGUGAUACCAAGCAAUUAGCUGGUAAUUACCUGCUCUAAUUUUUCUUCAGGAGUAUGUUUUCCCUGUGAUAGAUUGUAUGUGAGGCCUGGUUUGAUUUGCUAGUGUGGAACAAUGAGGGGCACCCCUACGAUCCCCAUUAAAUAAGCUAUUCGAUACAAUUCGGUCUUCUAACUGUCUAUUAAUGAAAAGAAGUACACUUAGAUUGGUUUUCCAA